GGAACGAUUGCAUCGAACGAGAAAGAUUACCCGAGAAGAAUCGCGACCGAUGAAGCGUACCAUCGACGUUUUACCGAUUUCCACGCAGGAAGAGAGAUACAGUGAGAAGGAGAGGUGUGACAGUGAAACUGGUGACAGAAUAGAACGAACAUCGAGACAUGAUGCGUGCAGUGAAUUGUUCGGUGUGUCUGCGAGCGUGAUCGGGCAAAUCGAUGCGAUCAUCGAUGCCGCGUGUUGGCAAAACUCGCGCAGCGUCGUCGAUACUCGGUGAAAGUCGCUGCAACGCGGAACUCUGUCCUCCAACUCGAAUGGAGCCGCGCAAUUUGCGUCUCUCGUUGUUCCGUUCCACUCGAACCGCUCGUGGAAUUCGUUUUGCCGAUAGAAUGGAUAGGAUUCGACUGCCGAGCACCACGGCGAUUAUCGCCGUUGCCUUGUUGCUGCUGCAUCCCGCAGCGGCACAGGGUCGCGUGGAGGAGACGGAGAUGGACACGCACGAGGGGUCCACGGUGCAGCUGCAGUGUCGUUUCUCCCCACCGAGGGAAAACGUAACGUGUUUCUGGUUGACGCACACCAACGACAAUCACGAUAACGCGGCGAUCGACAAUCUCGCGUUAUCGCCGCAGUACAAGGUGUUCAUGAACCUGGAGGACGGUCGGUACGACCUUCAGAUACGAAACGUUUCGUACGAAAGGGACAACGGAAAGUACGAGUGCCGAGUGAAGGCGAGCGGCACGGGACACGACCUACACCGGAAGUUCAUCACUUUGACCGUACUGAGAGCGCCGGGACCGCCGACGAUCUCGCCGACCUCCGCGUCCGCGACGGAGGGCCAGAAGCUGGAGUUGCAGUGCAACACGAACGGCGGCAGCCCCGAGCCGGAAGUGAGAUGGUACCGCGGCAACGAAACCGCCAUUCUUCACUCCGGCAGAACGUUGUCGGUGGAGCCGAAGAAGGAGGACGAUAGAGCGACGUUCCGUUGCGUGGUGAGGAACCGAGCAAUGCGCGAGGGUGAAACGUUGAACGCGACGGUAACCCUAGACGUGAACUACUUCCCGAGGGUAACAGUGGGCCCGGAGAAUCCUCUGAAGGUGGAGGUAAACGGGACGGCGAAUCUCGAGUGCCGGGUGGACUCGAAACCGGCCGUUGCCAUGAUACGAUGGUGGCGGGACGGAAGUUUCGUCGCGACCAACUUUCAACACACCAUACGGAAAGUAACCGUUCAGGACGCCGGCAAGUACACCUGCCAGGCGGACAACGGGCUGGGCAAGAGGGGCGAGAGCUCGCUCCUGUUGGACGUUCUUUAUCCGCCGACCGUCUCGAUAGAGGGCGAUCCUUUGAGGAUCGCCGAGGUCAAGGACACGGUGACCGUGCACUGCAACGUGACGGCGAAUCCUCCGCCGUCCGUGAUCGAGUGGUUGCGUGACGGUCGGCAGGAUUUUCGACAGCUCGGCUCGAUCCUUCGGUUGAGUCGCGUCACCGCCGAUCACGCCGGAAAUUAUACCUGUCGGGCGAUGAACACCAUCCAUCCCUCUGGCGGCGAGAGGAGGAACUACUCGGCCACUGCUCGGUUGACCGUUCGAGUGAGGUACAAACCGGGCCCGGCUAGGGUCAUGCCGGACUCGCCGGUCGCCGUCGAGGGGUCCAGAGUUAUCCUCACCUGUAUGGCCAGUCCGCCUGGAUACCCAGAACCCAGGUAUAAAUGGUGGAAAGAGGGAGAGUCUGGAACGAUAUCGAUGCCUUCGGAGAACACCGGUCCGAGAUACGAGAUCGACUCGGUUCACUUGGGUAGCGAGGGAACGUACAAGUGCCAUGCGACCAACGAGAUCGGCAACGGAGAGGCCGCGUCCGUUAACCUGACGGUGAACCAGCCACCCAAGAUACUUACCAAGUUGCAACCACACGUUACCAGGAAGGUCGGCGAGUCUUCGUUUCAAGUAUCCUGCGUGGCGCAAGGCAAACCCCGACCGAACGUUCGAUGGUUGAAGGACGAUCAAGAGCUCACCGCGGACGAGAGGCUCUACAAGGUGACUAUGACAGCCUCGGAGGGUCAUGGGAACGCGAUCACGGUGAAUUCGACGCUGAGUUUCCUGGGCCAUGCACGACCGCAGACGGACGAGAUCGUGGCCAGCGAUCGAGGCAAAUACACCUGCGUGUUCGUGAACGAGGUGAAGAAGGUGGAAUCGACGAUGAUGCUGAAGGUGGAACACGAGCCUAUCGCCUUGCACCAGCACGGGAAAGUCGCGUACAAUCUGAAAGAAACAGCCGAAGUGGCGUGCAAAGUCCAAGCCUGGCCCAAGCCCGAGUUUCAGUGGAGUUUCGACACCAAUGCGGCCAGUUUGCAAGGAUCCUCCAGCGACGGGCACUACGAAAUUUCGACGAGCAGCGACAACUAUGACGUGUACACCUCUGUGCUAAGGAUAACCAACAUUCGCGAGUUGGAUUACGGAGAUUACAGUUGCAGAGCGGCAAACGCUCAAGGUAGUAUCACUUCGACGAUCAGAUUGCAACCGAAAGGGGCGCCGGAAAGACCCAUUAACAUCACAGCGAUGGACGUCGGUCCAACUUACGUAGCUUUGCUCUGGGAGCUCGGUUUCGACGGAGGAUUACCUAUUACCAAGUAUUUCGUCUCCCACAGAAGGGUACCCGGAGGCGACGAAAUCGUGUCGCCAGAUUGCGCCGUUCCUAGAUCUCCGGCAGGACAGUGGUCGGAACUGAAUUGCCAUCGAUCGAAUCCGUGUAACGUGACCAAUUUGGAGCAACAUCAGACGUACACGUUUAAGGUUAUGGUAUACAACACGAAGAGCCAUUCGGAUUAUUCCGACGAGGUAACCGCGACCACCGCGGUCGCGAAGAUUCCGUCGCCGUUGAGGGUUAGCUACGACCCGGAAAGCGGAAUGCUCGCCAUCAGCGUUGGCGCCACUUGCCUCUCGUUGGUCGCUUCGAUCGAGAAAUUCGACGGGCCAUCUUCUUCCACGGACGAGUCGCAGUGGAGGAUUCUCGACGAGUGGCCCCUCGAAGUGCUUGGAAGCGCCCCUACACAGAGGGAGGGAGUCCUGGAUGACCCGGAGGCUCUCGAUAGCGAACCCAGACUUAGGGUUAGACUGUGUCUGAAAGCGGAUCGACAAAAAUGCGGCGAAUACGCGGAGGCUGAAAUCGGCCCGUCCUACAUAGCCCAUGCCGGAGCCAUGGCGACGCCAACCUUGAUCGUCUUGGUAGUCACCGUUGUCGUGUUCCUGAUGUUCACCACGUUGUUGUUGCUCUUUUGUCGGUGUCGACGAAAACACGCCACCAAGGCCAAGGACUACGAGAUGGACUCGAACGCGGUUCGACCGAGUCUCGUAGCCGGAAACGGACAACAGAGCCAAGCACCGCCACCCUACUACGCGGAGAACAAAGCUCUGGAACACAGUCUGGAUCACGCGCUGGCCAUGGAGGAUUCCAAGACCCCGGCGUACUCGCAGCCUGGAUACGGGUACCAUCAACCGAACCACAACAUCAAUGGCGUCAACAUGGGUUAUAUGGAUAACAGCUACUCGAACUCGAAUAACGGAGGCUCGGUGAACUCGCAAGACUCUAUCUGGCAGAUGAAGUCGGCGGCCGCGAACGGUGUUGGCCAGCCUUACGACCUGGCCGGCUACGCAACCACCGAGUCGGAUUACCCGACCCACCCUCAUUACCUCCCACAGAGGGAGGAUUACCGGGAGAGCCAUAAUCUAAGUCGACAGCAGUUUUGCUCGGAACCAUUCGCCACCGUCGUAAAGUCUCAAAAACACGUCGAUUCGCCGUACGACGUGUCCGGUCUACCUUAUCAGGAGAACUACGACGAGGACGCGAAACCACCUCAGCAGGUCAGCCUGUCGUACGACGAGAGCCUCGAGUCGGGCUACUCUACCCCGAACAGCCGGGGACGGAGGAUCAUUCGCGAGAUAAUCGUUUGAGAUCUGC